UCUGAAACUUCUUUUUCAUUUUUUUGAGUGACUCUGAAACCUGAAAGCUCCAAAAACGUGAUCAAGCUUACGUAUAGAAACAAUGAGAAGAGUGUUUUCAAUCUCAGGGUUUCGAUCUCUAGGGCUUGUUCGAAGCCCAAAAUCUCAUUAUUCUCCCGUCAUUGCGCUUCGCUCAUAUUGUCAGCCACUCCAUCUUUCUCAAUCAAGCUCUUCAGGGCCGCUUUCGCAAUAUAGGAGUCUGGUUGAACAAGGGAAGCUACAACAUGAUCCGAAUCAGGAAAGAGUUGCUUUGGAAUUGGAGAAUUUGCUUGGGAGAUUGGAGCGGUAUGAAAGAGAAAUGGAGGAAUAUCAUGAGAAACUAGCAAAGUGGGAGGAUAGCAGGGAGAAUGAGCGACGCAGGAUUUUAAUGGAGGAAGCUGAACUUAAGCAGCAGGACUCAUGGACAUCAGUAACCAGGCACCAAAGUAGACUUUUUGGGAGAUGGAUGUUUAGGAGGAAACCUGAUAAUGUAGAACCAGGAGUGGGCAAAUGGGUUUCAUACCUGAAUCGAGAGAGGAAGUUGGAUUCGCUUGUUGGCUCUCGUCCCACUGCUCCUCCGGCUCCAAAAGGACUAUAUAUAUGGGGCAAUGUCGGAAGUGGAAAGACCAUGCUUAUGGAUAUGUUUUAUAAUGCCACUCAAGGAAUUGUUAAACAUAGACGAAGAUAUCACUUUAAUGAGGCUAUGCUGAAAAUUAAUGAGCAGAUGCAUAAGAUAUGGAAGAACCAAGUGGAGGGAGAUUCAUUACAGUCAAAUGUUUCUAAUUGGAUUAGAAACCUUCCCUUUGAUUCAAAAGUAAAGGAGUGGUUGGCUGCCGAAGAAAGAUACAAACAGGAUGUUCAGAUGAAAAACAUUCUUCCAGAUGUAGCAGAUAAGCUUUUCAUUAGUCAGCAGGUUGAUCUUAAAGGAGCUAGCAUUCUCUGCUUUGAUGAAAUUCAGACUGUUGAUGUAUUUGCUAUUGUGGCAUUGUCUGGGAUUCUAGGCAGAUUACUAAGUACAGGAACUGUUCUUGUGGCAACUAGUAAUCGUGCACCAAAGGACUUGAAUCAGGAUGGUAUGCAGCGGGAGAUUUUUCUUAAAUUUCUUAAAAAAUUGUAUGGGCACUGUGAGAUUGCUCUCAUUGGAAGUGAUAUUGAUUAUCGCCGUCUCAUAGGUCAAAGAUCUAUAGACCAGGCUCACUACUUUUGGCCUCUGGAUAGCAUGGCUCUGAAGAAUUUUGAAAAGAUGUGGCAUGAGAACACAGACCAUGUAGGAGGCCAGAUUGGCUCUGUUACUAUUCCAGUAAUGUUUGGAAGAAUGCUUGAGGUUCCAGAAAGCUGCAAUGGAGUCGCGAGAUUUACGUUUGAGUAUUUAUGUGGCCAGCCGGUAGGUGCAGCAGAUUAUAUUGCAGUAGCUGAAAACUAUCACACAGUCUUUAUAUCUAAUAUUCCAGCAAUGAGUAUGCGCAUUCGUGACAAGGCAAGGAGAUUUAUUACCUUAAUUGACGAGCUGUACAAUCAUCACUGCCGCCUUGUUUGUUCUGCGGCCGCUUCAAUCGAUGAGUUAUUUCAAGGAACUGAAGAGGGUACACUUUUUGAUUUGGAGAGUUUCCAAUUUGAAACAGAGAUGGAAGGCACAAAGCUUCGUCGAAAUGUUUUGGAAGAAGGGAAUGUGAGUUCAGGAGGUACCUCAACCAGUAUUGUUUCCAUGUUGUCCGGCGAAGAAGAGAUGUUUGCUUUUCGUCGAGCAGUGUCUCGUUUGAUUGAAAUGCAGACCCCUUUAUAUUUGGAGGGAGUUGGUAGUCUCCAUCCUUAUUUUCGGAGACAAUGCCAACAAUCUGAAACUAAGUCUGCAAAUUACUUGCAAUCUCAGCUGUCACACUGAACACCACAUCGAACGAGUACCAAUUCUACUCUGAAAUAUAACUUUCAGUGUCAUGUUAUAAUGGAUAAACUUGUGGGACUUUAUUUUUAUUUUUAUUUUUUUUUUGAAAAAUUAAAAUUAAUAAAAUCAAAUGAAAUAAAAGUUCAAUUAUUUUAUUCUUUU